UCAAUUAUCUAUCAACAGGACUUCCGUAUGCUCGCCAAUAUAACUCGACUUAUUCGACGCAUAAAAACAGAUUUUCUUCGCUCAUUCUAAGGGCAAAGCGUGCAAACGUAAGUCCAUCUUGAGUUAAGAAUCCAGAAUGAUUCCCACAUCGACAGCCACCAUCACUGAAGGGGAAGAACCUGCUUUUUCGCAGACAUCCUCUCCUUCCAAGGCCGAGGAGAUUGCAUGGGGCAGCAUUUUUGGAGUGCUCUCAGUCUUCAUCGUGGUAGAGAACCUACUCACUAUUGUCCUCUUUGCAGUGAACAAGAAGGUUCGCAAGAAGAAGAGUCUUUUCCUAGUCAUCAACAUGGCGACUGCUGAUCUGAUAUUCGGAGCUUUAGCCCUUCCCCUUUACAUCUACCUCGGCUUUGGUAUGCCGGACUAUAAGGAACUUGCGAUCCAAAACGGUGACUUGAUUUUGAUAUUAUCAUUGGACAUUGCCUCGAAAGUCUCCCUUGUGGCCUCGUUACUAUCAGCGACCUUGAUUUCUUGUGAGAGGUUUUACGCCAUAUAUCAGCCUUUGAAUCACCGAACUCUGACUGUGCGAAAAUACCGUAUUGUUAUACUUUCAAUAUGGAUAACGGCCCUACCGUUUUCCAGCUUAGUGUUCUUGAUUCCAGGGCAGGAAUGCACAUACGUGGGAAUGCCAUUCGCCUCGAUUCUGCUGACCAUUAUCUGUGGUUGUAACAUUGCAAUUUGGAGAAAGUUUCAUCGCGGAAAUUUCGCCUCACAACAGAAAAACAAAGUCUCGCGAAAAGAUCGUUUGACAAAGACUUUGUUACUCGUCUCCGUUCUUGCUUUGAUCUGCUGGCUUCCCUUUGUCUUUUCAAAUGCUUUAAGAGGGCUAGGCGUCACCAUACCGUGGAGGCACGUUAUGAUUGUCAACCUGCUUAAUUUUUCAAACUCCUGCGUGAAUCCAGUGGUGUAUGCAUCAAGGGUUCCAGAGUUUCGACAAGCGCUGGCUCUUUUUUGUGGCAAAGAUAAGAAAGCGUUGAAGAAGGAAAACACUGAAACAUCAAGUAACAAGAACGCUGCAACGUCAACAACACAUAUGAAAACAUCACAAGCUGAUUCUUCCCACCCAAACUUUGAGGAAGCUAUGGAUGCCAAAUUGUAUCCAACCGAGGAACAAGAACUAUUUGCGCUUAGUAAGUAGAACGUAGUUCGAAACUUCAAAUGGUUGUCGAAAUUAUAUUCUCAUCUUAAACUCAGUGGACGUAAAAACGUUAUAAAUUAUUGUCAAAGUUUUAUGUUGCAGCAGUUACUGUAGAAUAAACACUCAUUUUGGUGACGCUAGCUCUUUACCGUUUAUCUAGAUAGAAAAAAAACGAUGUAUGACUUAACCAUCGUUGUAAAUAUUAAAACUUCACCUAUUGUGUAACGAGUGAAAGACUGUAAUUCUUAGAAGCCGGCUACAGUAUUGUCUGGUGUAUUCACAAUUGUAUAAUAUCCUACAGAAUGGAUGUAAUUAUAAGUAGUUACAGCUCUCGGUCAUUUUAUCUUUGUCCUCCCACGUUCAAAUUUUAAUAACAUUUAUUCAAGUUGUAUUUUAAAUUUAUACCUCGACAUGGAGAAUGUUUUUUUCAGUCUCUAAAUUCUGUCGAGAGGAAAAAGGUCCUCGGGUGGUAAAAAAUACACGAAUAUAUACAGAACUUCAGCAGAGAAGAAAUGAAUCAAUAGACAGUUUCCAGUCUCAAUUCCCCUUCGCGAGGAAAAGAUAAUUGAUCACAACAAAGCAUAACUUGCCCACUUCCUAAAGCAAACAUUUGUUUGUUGAAGUGUCUAGAAAAAUAUUGCGUGCAAGAUGUUUGUAGUUUACAAAUUAGCAUCUACUUAAUUUCAAUAAUGAAUCGCCUUGGUGUCUAUAACGCGUUGAAAGAGAAACUGAAAUGCGAUAUAGGAAGCGUUUUAAUUAUGAUGU